UUUCAAUCAUUUGAUUUUGAGCUGCUGUUUUAAUCCCGCUUCUCUUUGUCCACUCGUUUACCACACGUCUUCUAGCUGCAGUCAAGGUCAAUUCCACUGCUUCUACGAUGUUGCCGCGGUUCCAACGACUGAUUUAAGGAAUCAGUGCUCUCAACAACACAACUUCUCACCCUAAAACUAAACUUUUUUUUUUUUUUUUUCUGUUUCUUACUGUUUUGGAGAGUUUAAGGCGCUGGUGCUUCGGUGAUGGGAAGCUAUGUCAGAAUUUCUGCUCUGCUUUGGGCUGACAUAUUGGUCUCCUAUGCUUUAUUCGUGAUGCAAAACUAUUUAACCAAAGUCUGGAAAAUAAGCUUUGUGAAUGCUGCUGGAAUUUUGAACAUAUGGGGAGGGAUUUCCAUGAUUUUACCAGUUUUCUUUCUCUUCCUCGUCGACACGCUCCUCGGAAAUCUCAAGAUGCUUGUGAUUUCCAGCAUUUCCUAUAGUUUGGGAAUCGGAUUAGUCACUAUGUCUACGCCUCCGGUUCUUGCCAAUGUUACUGGCACGUGCAACGACUACAAUCCCAAAUGCAUUCACCGCGCACAAAAGGUUCUCUUCUUCAUUGCAAUGGCUCUUAUAGCUGUGGGAGCAGCUGGCAACCUCGUCUCUGUCAAGCCCUUCCUUGAUGAGCAACGCAAUGAUAAUGAGCUCGACAGCACAAAUGCAGGCGUAAGAGAAAUCUGCAAGCUACCAGCUUUCGUUGUCGUGGCCAUUGUGCCCAUUGUUGGAGCAGUUGCACUUCCCUACGUGAAACCAUGGUCCCUCCGGUUUGGAAUCCCAGCAAUCUGCACUGCUGCUGCAAUGUUUCUCUUUCUGAGUGGCGUUUUCUUGAGAGGCUCGUGGGCGUAUAAAGAGAUGAAACCACAAGGGAGUCCAAUAACUAGUGUCUGCAGAGUGUUCUUCGCUGCUGCUUGCAAAAUAUCUCUUCCUUUUCCAGAUGAUCAUCAAUAUCUUUAUAAGGAAAAUGGGGGAAAUGAGGGCUUCUCCCAUACUCGAAUUCUCAGGUGCAUGGAGAAGGCUGCUAUUAUACCUCCAAACACAAGUCCAGAAACUGCAAGCAAGAGUUGGAGGCUUUGCUCCAUAUCAGAAGUUGAAGAUGCCAAAAUCGCUGUGCGUAUGCUCCCAAUAAGCACCACCUUCAUCGUUGUUGGGAUCGUGUCCUCGUUUGGAAACACUUACUUCAUAGAACAAGCAAAUCGCAUGAACAGAAGAGUAGGAAAAUGGAAUGUUCCUCUGCAGGUGCUUCUACUGCUAUCACAGUGGGCAAAGCAUCUUCUUUUCGCCUCAAAUGCCAGACGCCUUAUCAAGAGUCAUAGAAAAUACGGGCCUGCCAUAGGAAUGGGAAUGGCGAUGAUAUUCUCCAUUCUUUGUUGCAUAACCGCGGCCAAGAUGGAGCUACGUAGGCUUGGAGUGAUUGAGAAGCAUGGCUUGCUAGAGAAACCGGAUAGCAAAAUUCCCAUGAGUGUGUUUUUGCUGCUUUUCCAGUUCUUUCUGCUAGCAGGCCUUGACACAUUCUUUGAAAUGAGUGUUGCUGAAUUCUACAAAGAUCAGUCUCCUAAAUGCAUGAGCAACUACCUCAGCCAUUUUGCUAAGGGAGUUUCUGGUCUGGGAUUCAUGAGCAGCGUGCUUUCAGUUUACGUCGUGGGGAAGGUGAGUGAGGCCGGAGGGGGCAAGAGCUGGUUUCAGUCCACGUUGAACAAGAGCCGUUUGGACCGGUAUUACUGGGUGCUGGCCGGUUUAGGUUGCGUGAAUUUAGUCGUGUUCGUGUUGGUGGCGUGCUGUUAUAGGUACAGGACACCGGAGGAGGCGGACGGGGAUGUGAACCAUCCAGGAAGAGGAGGGACUUCCAUACCACCAGAUGAGAAUGGUAGCAACCAAUGCUGCAAUUUGUUUGGUUAGGAGUUGGUAAAGAUUGAUUCAUUAAGAUUGAUUCAUUCUGAUUCAAUAUUUGAUUGUUUUUUAGUAUUCUAUUUUUGUGAAUCUUAAGGUGCUUCUUUAAGAUUCAUUUUCUUCCAUUAUAGUGAUCCUUUAGUAAAUGUGAGUAGAUGUUGAUUGAAUAGUAAAGGUGAAAGGUUGAAACACUUGUUUCCCUAAAGAAUUUGUAGAGUCAUUUUGGUGUUAUGGAAGAUGGUAAAUGAUUCUUUG